AUGAAGCCGUACGCUCCGGCCUUCAUUCUCCUGUGGAGCGCUGUCGGGAUAGCGAGGGCUGCCAAAAUCGUUGUUGUGCCGCCAAUUAUGUUUGAAAGCCAUCUUUAUAUUUUCAAGACUCUGGCCUCAGCCUUGCAUGACCAAGGUCACCAGACAGUGUUUCUCCUCUCUGAGGGCAGGGAGAUCCCUCCAUCUAAUCACUACAGACUGCAGCGCUACCCAGGGAUCUUUAACAGCAGCACCUCGGAUGAUUUCCUCCAGUCCAAGAUGAGGAGUAUCUUCUCGGGGAGGCUGACUGCCCUCGAGCUCUUCGAUAUCCUGGACCACUAUUCCAAGAACUGCGACAUGAUCGUUGGCAACCGAAACCUCAUGCGUGCCCUCAAACAGGAAAAAUUUGACCUGCUCCUGGUAGAUCCCAAUGAGAUGUGUGGAUUUGUUAUAGCCCAUCUCUUAGGGGUUAAAUACGCUGUGUUUUCCACUGGCCUCUGGUAUCCAGCAGAAGUGGGCGCUCCAGCUCCCCUGUCCUACGUUCCAGAAUUUAACUCGCUGCUCACAGAUCACAUGAACCUAUUUGAGAGGAUUAAAAAUACUGUUGUUUAUCUUAUUUCAAGAUUUGGAGUCAGUUUUUUGGUUCUGCCAAAAUAUGAAAGGAUAAUGCAGAAACACAAGGUUCUUCCAGAACGGUCCAUGUAUGACUUGGUCCAUGGAUCCAGCCUGUGGAUGCUUUGCACUGAUGUUGCUCUGGAGUUUCCGAGACCUACGCUACCCAACGUUGUUUAUGUGGGAGGAAUCCUAACGAAGCCGGCCAGCCCUCUGCCAGAAGAUCUCCAGGCGUGGGUGAGCGGCGCUCACGAGAACGGCUUUGUCCUCGUCUCCUUCGGCGCUGGAGUGAAGUACCUGUCGGAAGACAUCGCCAAUAAGUUGGCGCAAGCCCUGGCGAGGCUGCCCCAGAGGGUUAUCUGGAGGUUUUCAGGAAACAAACCAAGGAAUUUGGGCAACAAUACCAAGCUGAUCGAAUGGUUACCACAAAAUGACCUCCUUGGUCACUCUAACAUUAAAGCUUUCCUCAGUCACGGAGGCUUGAACAGCAUUUUUGAAACCAUGUACCACGGGGUCCCAGUGGUGGGUAUUCCCCUCUUUGGAGACCAUUACGAUACCAUGACCCGUGUGCAGGCCAAAGGGAUGGGAAUACUGCUCAACUGGAAGACCAUGACUGAGGGUGAACUGUACGAAGCUCUAGUGAAAGUUAUUAAUGACCCCAGCUACCGGCAGCGGGCGCAGAGGCUGUCGGAGAUCCACAAGGACCAGCCCGGACACCCGGUGAACCGGACUGUGUACUGGAUCAGUUACAUCCUGCGCCACAACGGAGCCCAGCAUCUGCGUGCUGCUGUUUACAGCAUCUCCCUCUUUCAGUACUUCCUACUGGAUAUUGCCUUGGUCCUGCUGGUGGGUGCUGCCUUACUUUACUGUGUUCUGGCCAGGAUGGCAAAGGUCAUCUGCAAGCAGAGCAAGCAUCUCUGGUCCAGUGACAAACAUAGCGCUGUUAAUGGACACUACCAGAACGGGAUCCCCAAUGGCAAAUAUAGAAGAAAUGGCCACAUUAAGCAUGAAAAAAAGGUGAAAUGAGCCAACAGCCCCAUGUAAAGUAGUAAUGAAUCAGAUCAGUAAUCGAAUUUUAUCGCUGUAACUUAGUCUAACAACUACUUAAAACCUCAAUAAGCAGUUCUAACACUCCCCUUCAGUAUGUAAUAUUAUGUGACAAAACUCUAUGGAACUAAGAGAAGUCUUUAAAAAAAAAAAAAGGCAAGCACAACCUAAAAUGGAAAAUAUUUUAUUCUUAAUACUGAUGCAGAGAGGUUAUUUUGGCACUGAAGUUUUUAGAAGCCUUAAUUCUCUAAAGUUCUAUACGAUGACCGUAUUUAUGAAUUUUCAGCUUUUAAAAGCUCAGUGUGUGUGUCCCAAAUGACGAGAGGUUUCUUUUUAUUUGCUGAAGUGUUCUCUUAUUAUUUUUUUAAUUAUUUUAAUAUCUCCAUCCUUUUAGCUGAGAGAACUCUAUAGUGCUAGUUCUGUGUUUCCUUUGUGGAAGGUUCAAUCUGUUGUGUAAGAAUGCUGUCUAAAACACAAAUUAUUUCCCCCAGUCGUUAUGCAAGAAAUAGCAAGUUGUGGACUGAGAAGACAGAUGUUAAAACAAAAAAAAAAAAAGAAAUAAUCUUAAUGAGCACUGAAGAAAAAAGGCAAAAAUAUGUACUCGUUUUACUGAUAAAGCUGCAUGACUCUUCUGCUCGCUACCAGUACUUUGGAGACAAGGGUUCUGAGUAAGUCUACAGUGUGUCCUAACUUUAACUGAGACAAAAUUUUAUUUGUCACAUUUCUCUGCAUUACAGAAUUUAUGUCACGAAAACAUUAGGGAGUCUUAUUUCAGAUCCAAAUACAGCUGUGUGGGAAGUAGAUUUUCAUAAUUAAGAAAAAACGAGCGAAACAACAGCAGCAAAGUAAGAGAACUCAUAAAAACCUAGCCCUGUGCUUAGUGCUGAAGGUUUUGUUAUGGCCCAGAGCUGUGCAGACUCGAACCACUCCUUGGGGUUUGUUUCAAGGGAACAGCCCCCACACAGCGCUCCCCCCAUACCCCCACAGUUGAAUGUCUUUCCUGUUAAUUCUCAUUAAGUUCUUUCUGAAUCGCAGUGUUGUAGAUGUUCUUUCAAUGGUUGUAUCUGAAAAAAAAAAAAGAAAGCAAAACAAAUAUUACCUUCUAUUAGUCUGGGCCACGCAAUCCAUGUUCCGCCUAGUUGCCAAUAGGAAUUCCGCGCUGCGGGCGGUCUCUGGCCGUCCUGCCCGGGGCUGGUGGAUGUGUGGGGUGAGUCCUGGCCACCUGGAGUGCAGAGGUGGCCCUGUGUCCCCCUGCCUCCAACCAUCUCCUUCAAUCAUUGUCGCUGACACGGGACGCUGGCGGCGGUGUGUGCUCCGAGGGCGGGAAUGCCGGGCGUGGAAUCGUUGCUGCCCUGCUUGAACCAAAGUUGGCAACUAUGAAGUUUUAUUUCCAUGUCAUUCUGUUUACUUGGAGUUUGCACUACACACGUUGUGAGUGUACGGUUUU